AUGUCCGAAAUAAUUGUUUUGCUGUUAGUUCCCAGUAAAAUUCUGGUAGACUAUAUCCGACAACAUUUACAGAAUGCCACUAUUUAUUCUGUUGUUAGAAAAUACGGUGUUCCCCCAGCAGAAGAACAAUUACCAGAUUUAAGCAAAGUAGAAAUUUGCUUUGGUGCCGAAUAUCUUUUCGAUGCGAUUAUGAAGAAGUAUCCGACAAUAAAAUGGUUCCACAGUCUAUCAGCAGGGAACAGCAAGGCAAUGGCUUCACUAAUGAAAUUAAAGGAGAGACCAUUAUACACCAAGAAUAUCAAAGCUUACGACCAGAAUAUGUCACAGUUCAUUAUCACACAUAUUCUGUGUCACGAAAAACGUAUUCUAGAAAAUUAUAAAAACCAACAAGUAAAACAAUGGACUGAUUUUGGCAAUUUUCGAUCUCUAUCAGAUGUUACAAUUGGAAUACUUGGACUAGGAAUUAUUGGUAAAUCAGUGGCCGAUCUUUGUAAAAUAUUUAAUAUGAAGACUUGGGCCAUGACUCGAGUUGAACCGACAGAAAAACUUAGCUCGAUAGACCACUACAGCCAGAACCUAGAAGAUAUAUUAGUGAAUUGCGACUAUAUUGUGGCCUGUUUACCUUCAACCCCUGCUACUAGAGGUAUCCUUAAUGGAGGUGUUUUAUCUAUCUGUAGGAAGAAGCCCGUGGUAAUCAAUGUUGGAAGAGGAGAUCUGAUUAAUGAAGAUUCGGUUAUUACAGCUUUGAGAAGUGGGUGGAUAACAAAUGCUGUACUGGAUGCGUUUGAAAAGGAGCCUCUACCACAAUCUAGUAGACUCUGGACAGAACCUGGUGUGAUUGUCUCGCCUCAUUGUUCAUUUCAACCUUAUGGUCAACAGGAAUGCGAGGAGCUCGCUCAAGGGUUUUUAGACAAUUACCACAGAUAUAUCAGUGGCCAGAAACUUAUAGGUUUGGUGUCUAUAGACAAACAAUAUUAA